CUGGCCGCGGGGGAUUGGCGGGCCAGGGGCGGGCCGGGGGCGGGGCCGAGCGCCCUUCAUCCCCUGCCGCUGCGCUCAGCCGGGAGCAGAGCGGACAGCACCGGCCCGAGCGGAGCAUCGCGCGUCCUCACCCGCGAGGCCAGACUUCUGACCGCGUCAGUGUGAGAGCCAGUGUUCCUGGUGGUGGUCCCUGAGCCAUGGAGGCACCUCUGCAGACGGAGAUGGUAGAGUUGGUACCCAACGGCAAACACUUGGAGGGGCUACUCCCUGUCGCCACCCCCAUGGCUGGCAACCAGAGGGUCGAGGGCCCUGGACGGAUCUGUGUUGAGGGUGAAGGCUUCCUACCAAAAAGUCCCAGCAAGGAGCCACACUUCACUGAUUUCGAGGGGAAGACAUCAUUCGGGAUGUCAGUGUUCAACCUCAGUAACGCCAUCAUGGGCAGUGGUAUCCUGGGGCUCGCCUACGCCAUGGCCAAUACGGGCAUCAUCCUUUUCCUGUUCCUGUUGACGGCCGUCGCCUUGCUCUCCAGCUACUCCAUCCACCUGCUACUCAAGUCCUCAGGGAUCGUGGGCAUCCGUGCCUAUGAGCAGCUGGGCUACCGUGCCUUUGGGACCCCAGGAAAGCUGGCGGCAGCCCUGGCCAUUGCGCUGCAGAACAUCGGAGCCAUGUCCAGCUACCUGUACAUCAUCAAGUCCGAGCUGCCCCUUGUCAUACAGACCUUCCUGAACCUGGAGGAGCGGACCUCGGACUGGUACAUGAAUGGAAACUACCUGGUGAUCCUGGUCUCUGUCAUCGUCAUUCUGCCUCUGGCACUGAUGCGGCAGCUUGGCUACCUAGGCUACUCCAGUGGCUUCUCGCUCAGCUGCAUGGUGUUCUUCCUAAUUGCAGUCAUCUACAAAAAGUUCCACGUGCCCUGCCCGCUGUCCCCCAGUUUAGCCAACGUGACAGGCAACUUCAGCCUCGUGGAGGUCAUCAAGGAGGAGGCGGGGCUGCAGGUUGAGACGGAGGCCGCAGCCUUCUGCACCCCGAGCUACUUCACCCUCAACACACAGACGGCGUACACGAUCCCCAUCAUGGCUUUCGCCUUUGUCUGCCACCCUGAGGUGCUGCCCAUCUAUACAGAGCUCAAGGACCCCUCCAAGAGGAAGAUGCAGCACAUCUCCAACCUGUCCAUCGCCGUCAUGUAUGUCAUGUACUUCCUGGCCGCCCUCUUCGGCUACCUCACCUUCUACGACAGGGUGGAGUCGGAGCUGCUGCACACCUACAGCAAGGUGGACCCGUUUGAUGUGCUGAUCCUGUGUGUGCGCGUGGCCGUGCUGACGGCAGUCACACUCACAGUGCCAAUUGUUCUGUUUCCGGUGCGCCGCGCCCUCCAGCAGAUGCUGUUUCAGGACCGCGAGUUCAGCUGGUUGCGGCACGUGCUCAUUGCUGUUGGCCUGCUCACUUGUAUCAACCUGCUGGUCAUCUUUGCCCCCAACAUCCUGGGCAUCUUCGGGGUCAUCGGUGCCACAUCUGCCCCAUGCCUCAUCUUCAUCUUCCCGGCCAUCUUCUACUUUCGCAUCAUGCCCACAGAGAAGGAACCUGCAAGAUCUACCCCCAAAAUCCUGGCCCUUUGUUUUGCUGCCCUUGGCCUCUUGCUGAUGACCAUGAGCUUGAGCUUCAUCAUUAUUGACUGGAUCUCGGGGACCAGUCGGCAUGGAGGAAGCCACUAGGAUGACCCCCAUCCUGUUCUGUCUACUUGUCCUCCUACCCCUGCCCAGACUCUUCAGCCCCUGCUCCCAUCCAGUGGCCAGUUGGAGGGGGAAGAGAAAGACGUGGUGAACACUAUGGCAUUUGGCCCUGCCCCAUGUCCUCUCUGUCGAAGUUUUUGUUAGAGCCAGGACCAAGGCCCUUGGGCCACUACCCUGCUGAGCUCCUGGCCUACAGGAGCUUCCUGAGCUGGGAGCAAGGUGGGGCUGUACCCCUGCUCCCUUCCUGCUGCCUCAGGUCCCACCCAAGCCCCUUAUUCUCUUUGCACAGGUGCAUAGACUGAGGCCCAGCAGCUGCCCCCUAAGGUUGCAUAGCCUGUAGGGGCACAAAGAGCUGAAUUAGGCCUGCAGUCAUCCCGCCACCUUGCUCCUGGGCCAUGGUCUGCACCCUGGGGCUUCAUCUCCCUCAGCCUGCUUGCCUUUCCUCCUUCUGUCACCUAGGCCCCUUUCGUGGGCUCAGGCCCUUGGAUAACCUGGUCCUCUUUCCCAUCCCCUCCACCGGGAGCAGAACCCCCCUCACCCUAUGCUUGAGGGUGAGGCUGGUGUGGACACCCCAAGGGGCCCCUUUCCUGGUCUUUCACCAGUCCUGGGGAGGCUGGGACUCCCCCCACCCCAAGCCCAGGCCAUAGCUCACAUUCCACUGCUGGGAGAAGAAAGAAGCUGAGGCCCAGAACCUGUCUGCCCCUGGGAGCCAGAGACCCCAAGGGCCAAUCUGGGGCAGGGAUGGAGAGGCUGGCAGCCCCCUUUUAUAAAUAUUAUACAUAAGACCA